UGUAACUCUCCUUCACAUUUCUUCCUCUAGUUAAUUGCUUGUUUGUAUGCCCUGUAUCUGAAUGUCUUUCUUCUCGCUCUCUUUAUCACUUUUUACACUCCAUGCUAAAAUUCUUACAAUUUUUUUUAAUUUAAAUCUUGUACCCUAUUUCCAUCUCUCCUCCGCCUCCUUUCUUCUGCUCACUGUUAUUCCCUCUUCGUCCACCACACACUCCUCCCUUUCCUCACUCUUUCACUCUCAGUCUCUACCACCCUCCCUCCUCGGGUGACGCAGAAACUUUCUAGAAAUCGUUCCCAUCGCCCUUUGCGUUUCCAAUAUGGAGGACCUGACGGUGGAAGUGCGCGGCUCUAACGGAGCUUUCUAUAAGGGAUUCAUCAAAGAUGUUCAUGAAGAUUCACUUACAGUUGUUUUCGAAAACAAUUGGCAGCCAGAACGUCAGGUCCCUUUCCAUGAGGUCCGAAUGCCACCUCUGCCUGAUAUUAAGAAGGAAAUCACUGAGGGAGAUGAAGUUGAGGUUUACUCAAGAGCAAAUGACCAAGAGCCUUGUGGAUGGUGGCUUGCUAAAGUACGGAUGAUGAAAGGAGAGUUUUAUGUUAUUGAAUAUGCUGCUUGUGAUGCCACCUACAACGAAAUUGUCACUUUUGAAAGACUUCGACCCGUGAACCAGAACAAAACUGUAACCAAAAACUCUUUCUUUAAAUGCAUGGUUGAUGUUCCAGAAGACUUAAGAGAAGCGUGUGCAAGUGAAACUGUACAUAAAGAAUUCAAGAAAGCUGUAGGAGCAUGCAGAGUCUAUUUUAAUGCAGAGUCUAAUCAGCUUAUAAUAUUGUCUGCAAGUGAAUCAACUGUGAAGAGAGUAAAUAUAUUGAGUGACAUGCACUUGCGAAGUAUUCGUACUAAAUUGAUGCUCAUGUCAAGAAAUGAAGAAGCUACUAAACAUUUAGAAUGUACAAAGCAACUUGCAGCAGCCUUUCAUGAAGAAUUUGUUGUCCGGGAAGAUUUAAUGGGGCUGGCAAUAGGGACACAUGGAAAUAACAUCCAGCAAGCAAGAAAGGUUCCUGGUAUUACUGCUAUUGAAUUAGAAGAAGACAGUGGCACAUUUAGAAUCUAUGGAGAGAGUGCAGAAGCAGUCAAAAAAGCACGGAGUUACUUGGAGUUCGUGGAGGAUUUCAUUCAGGUCCCUAGAAAUCUUGUAGGAAAAGUCAUAGGCAAAAAUGGAAAAGUUAUACAAGAGAUUGUGGAUAAGUCUGGAGUAGUUAGAGUAAGGAUUGAAGGAGACAAUGAAACCAAGCUUCCAAGAGAAGACGGUAUGGUUCCAUUUGUUUUUGUUGGGACUAAAGAAAGUAUUGGAAAUGUCCAGGUUCUCCUAGAAUACCACAUUGCAUACCUGAAAGAAGUAGAGCAGCUUAGACUGGAAAGACUCCAGAUUGAUGAGCAGCUUCGUCAGAUUGGUAUGGGUUUCAGACCAUCUUCAAGUCGAGGAACUGAAAAAGAAAAAGGCUAUGCGACUGAUGAAAGUACAGCAUCCUCGGUCCGGGGAAGCAGGUCUUACAGUGGAAGGGGACGAGGUCGCAGGGGUCCAAAUUAUACAUCUGGUUAUGGCACAAACUCAGAACUUUCUAAUCCUUCUGAGACUGAAUCUGAAAGAAAAGAUGAACUAAGUGAUUGGUCUCUUGCUGGAGAAGAUGACCGGGAAAGCCGUCUGCAGCGUGAUAGUCGAAGGCGUCCUGGAGGAAGAGGGCGAAGUGGAUCUGCUGGUCGAGGUCGGGGAGGAUCCAGAGGUGGCAAAUCUUCUAUUAGCUCUGUCCUUAAGGAUCCAGACAGUAACCCCUACAGCUUACUUGAUAACACUGAAUCAGAUCAAACUGUAGAUACAGAUGCAAGUGAAUCUCACCACAGCACUAAUCGCCGGAGGCGUUCUCGAAGGAGGAGGACUGAUGAAGAUGCUUCUCUAAUGGAUGGCAUGACUGAGUCUGAUAAUGCAUCUGUUAAUGAAAAUGGCUUAGAUGAUAGUGAACAAAAACCCCAGCGACGCAACCGUAGCCGCAAGCGUCGCUUCAGGGGUCAGGCAGAAGAUAGACAGCCAGUUACAGUGGCAGACUAUAUUUCAAGGGCAGAAUCUCAAAGUCGACAAAGAAACCUUCCUAAAGAAGCAUUGAAUAAAGGCAAGAAAGAAAAGGCAAAGGAUGUAAUUGAAGAACAUGGACCCUCAGAAAAGAUUGUAAAUGGCCCAAGUUCCAGUGUCGAAAGUGCUUCAAAAUCACAGACCACAGCCUCAGAAAGAAACAUUGCAAGCUGUCAAGAUGGAAGUAACCAAGAAGCCAUACUGAAUGGGGUGUCCUAAAUUGGAAUUCCUAGUUUACAGAUCCUUUACAUUACAUUUUACAAUAGUGCUUGUACAAGCUUGCCAAAGAUAGAUUAAGGAUCGCCAGUCUUUACACCAUACUUUCAGUUCCUCCAUUUGGAAUACAGAAAGGGGAGGGAUCCUGAGAAACACAUGUUAAACAUAAAGUUGAUACCUACUGUGUUCUAAAUACAUCAUCAGAUGUGCCUUGAGAUAGUAUACGAAACAUUAAAAAAGGAAGAAAAAAAAAAAAAGAGAAAAUGCUGGCUAUAGGAAAUGUUUUGUUUUUGUUUUGAAAUAUGGCAUUGAUGGGGGAUCCUGCAUAAUAUUCGUUCUGAAAGCAUUAGCUGCUUUUGUUACAUUUUUAAUAAUAUGCAACCACUUCUUCACCUGAGGAAAACUAGAAAAAUAAGAUGCAGUCUAAGUAUUUUGCACUGAAUUGUAAUUUCUCCAUUGGUUAGGUCUGGAAACUGGUCAUUUUAAUACAUGUAUUUUUUUUAUAUUUUUUUGUUAGUUUGUCUGGGUUUUUUGUUUUUUUUAAAGCAACAAAAAGCUGUAUGGAGGAGAACUGCAGACCACUGGAACACAGACAUAAUAAUUCUGCAGUGAUAUUGGCAGUGACUGUUCUACUUUGAGGCUUUGUUUGGUUUAUUUAUUAAAAAUGUACAGUAUUUAAAAAUCAAACUUAGCUAUAAACACUAAACCGAACAUAGUCAUGUCCACAGGUGUAUUCCUAACUACUGAAAAGAUCAAUUUCCAGAAUGUUUAUCCUGUAUAAACUGCAUAUGUUAGUCCUUAGUAUGGUAUUUUUAUUUUUGUUUUGUUGUUUGAUGUGCAAUAUGUUUUUGUAUGCAGGUAGUAAAAAAAAAAAAAAAAAAAAAAAAGAGAGAAAAAAAAAAUAAACUUUGAUCUUCCAUAAUUACAGCCUAGUUUCCUACUGUGGUGGCAUAAGAAGUUGCUUAAUCCUGCAACAUUGUUGGAGAGAUUGAUGCCCAGUAUAUUUUCUUAAUUAUUACUGACCAGUUUCAAAAUUUACAGUAUGUUAAUGAGAGAAGUCGUGUGUAUCAUUUUUGUUUAAAGGGAAUUUUAACCCUUACAUGUCUUUAUGUAACAUUUGAAAUAAGUUCCUUACCUAUCAUCUAUUUUUUGGGUGUGCAUUCCCAAUAUGCUAAAUCAACUCUAAAUCUUGUCUGCUAAUUGGAGAGUUUGCACGCUUGCUGCUACUACUAAGCUUUUUGUUAACUUUCUGUGUUUUUAGUCCUGAAAGAACUGAUUGGAUGCUCCUGUAAAUUAUGUUUGUAAUAUACUUUACCGUUUUCUCUUAUGUGACUCAAUGCCAUAUGUUAAAAAAAAAAAAAAAAAAAAGAUGGAAAGUCAAACUAUUUUCACACCGGAAAAUAAUAGUAGUUUCCUUUUAAAAGUCGAAGUUCUGCAGAUAGUAGCCAAAUAUGUUGGAUCCCAAACGACAAAAUACAUAAAAUAAACCUCUUUCCAGGCCAUGCUUUUUAAAACAUA